AUGCUUACACGCCGCUUACUAGCCCUGGCCGCGCUCUCGACGCCCAGCGUCCACGCCAACGCCGCCGCCACAGCCAACGCGGGCGUGCGCAUCCCCGCGGGCUUCGACCGCGUCCUCUUCUACGACGACUUUUCCUCGGGCAGCACGCUUGACCUCUCCAAGUGGACAUACGACACUGGCACGCAGUACCCGGGCGGCCCGGCCAAAUGGGGCACGGGCGAGGUCCAGACGUACACGUCGUCGCCGGACAACAUCCACAUCACUCCCGACCAGACGCUACGCAUCGUGCCCCUCCCCGACGGCCGCGGCGGCUGGACGUCGGCGCGCAUCGAGACGGUGGCCGGCUGGGACGUCGGCGCCGCCGUCGGCCAGAAGAUACGCAUCGAGGCGCGCAUCAGGCUCGGCCCGGCCCCGCGCGGCGAUCAGAUGGGCAUCUGGCCGGCGUUUUGGACGCUCGGCAGCGCCUACCGCGGCCACUACCAGAACUGGCCGUCCGUCGGCGAGGUCGACAUUCUCGAGACGGCGCACGGCGUGAGCCGCUUGUGGCAGACGCUGCACUGCGGGCCGACCGCCAAAGGCGGGCCGUGCAAUGAGCCCGGCGGCCGCUCCAAACAGGCCGACGAGCACGGCUUCAAGAACUGGAACGUGUUUGCCUGGGAGAUGGACCGCCGCCGUCCCGAGGAGCGCAUGACGUGGUUCGUCAAUGACCAGCCGCGCUUUGUCCUCAAGCAGUCGGACAUGGGCAAAUACUGGGGGUCCGUGGCCAACACCAAAAUGUUUCUUCUCCUCAAUGUUGCUGUCGGUGGCGCCUUUCCAGAUGGCAUUGCCGGCUUUAGGACUCCCACCAACGAAACUAUCGGUGGUCUCGACGCUGCCAUGGAGGUCGACUACGUCGCCGUCUAUGGAGUCUGA